UGUACGGUAUUAUAGUAUAAGAUGCCUUCUAAUGCAUGAAAAGAAAGGUUUCGACAUUGACGACACACGCAUCGGUUUUUGUCAAGAUACAUGCUUUUGGUUGAACAGAUUUAAUGGAUUCAAUAGAUUUAAUGGUUGCAAAAAAUAGUGACAUUCGGUGCUGUUAGGAGCUGUGCUGUUAGGAUUCGACUUGAAGAUUCUGCGGAGAAGGAGAUACCAAAUGACGAGCAGGGCACGCAAAGCAAAAAUUUCAUCGCUGCGAGCUGCGAUUUGAGUGUCUUCAAUAUUUUCUAUCUGCAUGUACAAACUAUGGCUCGGGAGUACUUUGAUGAGAGUCUGUUCGUAGACGGUUCGAGUGUGUUGAACUCUGACGAGGUUGGGGUCAGUAACGAUGCCGAUCAGUUUCUGGUGGAAAAAUAUGGUAUUCCGACGAGCACAGUGUGCUCGGACAAAAUAUCGAUAAACCCUCCUGUGCCGUGUGGCGGCAUAAACAUUUACACGAUGAAUAAGCGGAACAAGGAAACUCGGCAAACUUAUCGAUUUCGUCAAAUAAAUGUGAGUGACGCCUUGGAAAGCGAACCGAUUGAAAUAGCCGAGCUGAAGGACUCUAAAAUAGCGUUAGACGUCAACCCGAAUAUUAGCUCACUCGAGUGUGCCAUAAUGACAAAAUAUUUUGCUGUACACAACGAUAUCGUCAUUACUCAUGGCUUGUAUCGACUCAUCGAGCCUCACUUUCAAGACGGCAGAGCGUGGUUUUUAACCGAAGGACUCGAAGAUACAAUCGUUCAAAAUUCAUUGGGAGAGCUUAUAAAGAAUAAAGAAAUCUUAAACGUGCCUAAUGUUUCGUAUUUCGGUCCUGCCAUCGAUCUUUAUUGAGAGGAUUUUUUUCGGGUAUGCAAUUCCACUGUAAUUGAGACGUUAACUGUGAGAACAGGAAAACAAACCUUCAGUCAGAGUCAUCCAGCAAGUCUGUCUCGAUCUUUUAUUUUU